GGAUGGUAUUUUUCUUAAGGCAUUGCUGUGUUUUGUAGCCUUAGGCUUUUAAUAAUUUUCCAGGCAGGGUUUGGUGGGGGUGGCUGCAGACAGACAGCAUCACCGAGCUCUCCAGCUGCACGGAUGUCACGCCUUGGCAUCUUUGCUUACCUGAACUACCAUGUGCCCCGGACGAGGCGGGAGAUCCUGGAGACGCUCAUCAAGGGGCUGCAGCGCCUGGAGUACCGGGGCUAUGACUCUGCAGGUGUGGGACUGGACGGUGGAAAUGACAAAGACUGGGAAGCCAAUGCUUGCAAAAUCCACAUUAUCAAACAGACGGGGAAAGUGAAGGCUCUGGAUGAAGAGGUUCACAAGCAACAGGACAUGGACCUGGACAUCGAGUUUGACGUUCACCUGGGGAUCGCCCACACGCGCUGGGCCACGCACGGCGAGCCCAAGCCGGUCAACAGCCACCCCCAGCGCUCGGACAAGAACAAUGAGUUCAUCGUCAUCCACAACGGCAUCAUCACCAACUACAAGGACCUGCAGAAAUUCCUGGAGAGCAAGGGCUACGACUUCGAGUCGGAGACGGACACCGAGAGCAUCGUCAAGCUGGUCAAGUACAUGUACGACAACCGCGACAGCGACGACAUCAGCUUCUCCACGCUGGUGGAGAGGGUCAUCCAGCAGCUGGAAGGUGCUUUUGCCCUUGUGUUCAAGAGUGUUCAUUACCCUGGGCAGGCAGUCGGUACCAGGCGAGGCAGCCCCCUGCUGAUCGGCGUGCGCAGCGAGCACAAGCUCUCCACCGACCACAUCCCCAUCCUGUACCGCUCAGCUGUACCAUCUAUGGAUCAUUCUUUUGAUGGAAUAUCCAUAAAAAUGGAGGAAGGGAAAGACAAGAAAGGGAGCUGCAACCUGUCUCGAGUGGACAGCACCACCUGCCUCUUCCCCGUGGAGGAGAAAGCUGUGGAGUAUUACUUUGCUUCUGAUGCCAGCGCUGUCAUCGAGCACACCAACCGCGUGAUCUUCCUGGAGGACGACGACGUGGCGGCCGUGGUGGACGGGCGGCUGUCCAUCCACCGCGUCAAGCGCACGGCCGGGGACCACCCGGGCCGGGCCGUGCAGACCCUGCAGAUGGAGCUGCAGCAGAUCAUGAAGGGUAACUUCAGCUCAUUCAUGCAGAAGGAAAUAUUUGAACAGCCAGAAUCUGUUGUUAAUACAAUGAGAGGAAGGGUCAACUUUGAUGACUACACUGUGAACCUGGGUGGGCUGAAGGAUCACAUCAAGGAGAUCCAGAGGUGUCGGCGUUUGAUCCUCAUCGCCUGUGGCACGAGUUACCACGCAGGAGUGGCAACCCGCCAGGUGCUGGAGGAGCUGACUGAGUUACCUGUCAUGGUGGAGCUGGCCAGUGACUUCCUGGACAGGAACACCCCCGUGUUCAGGGACGACGUCUGCUUCUUCCUCAGCCAGUCAGGGGAGACAGCAGACACGCUGAUGUGCCUUCGCUACUGCAAGGAGCGGGGGGCGCUGACGGUGGGCAUCACCAACACGGUGGGCAGCUCCAUCUCGCGCGAGACCGACUGCGGCGUGCACAUCAACGCGGGCCCCGAGAUCGGCGUGGCCAGCACCAAGGCCUACACCAGCCAGUUUGUGUCCCUGGUCAUGUUUGCCCUGAUGAUGUGCGACGACAGGAUCUCCAUGCAGGAGCGGCGCAAGGAGAUCAUGCGGGGGCUGAAGGGGCUGCCAGACUUGAUUAAAGAAGUGCUGAGCAUGGAUGAUGAGAUCCAGAAGCUGGCCACAGAGCUGUACCAUCAGAAGUCUGUGCUCAUCAUGGGACGAGGCUACCACUAUGCCACGUGUCUGGAGGGAGCCUUGAAAAUUAAAGAGAUCACCUACAUGCACUCGGAAGGGAUCCUGGCCGGGGAGCUGAAGCACGGCCCCCUGGCCCUGGUGGACAAGCUGAUGCCCGUGAUCAUGAUCAUCAUGAGAGACCACACCUAUGCCAAGUGCCAGAACGCUCUGCAGCAGGUCAUUGCACGGCAGGGCCGGCCUGUGGUGAUUUGUGACAAGGAGGACAUCGAGACCAUUAAGAACAACAAAAGAACAAUCAAAGUUCCCCACUCAGUGGACUGUCUGCAGGGGAUCCUGAGUGUGAUCCCCCUGCAGCUGCUGGCCUUCCACCUGGCCGUGCUCAGGGGCUACGACGUUGAUUUCCCAAGAAAUCUGGCCAAGUCCGUAACUGUAGAGUGAAAGACCAUCUGAAUCGUAGGGGCAAAGGGGAAUUAAAUGAAAGACUUUUUUUGGUACCAAAAUAACUCGAUUUUAAAGCCCCCUAGGUAAAUCUUAUUUUGGUAAAUCGUUGUUUGUGUAUAAGAUCACCAUAAUUCCAUUACAUUAGUGAUUGUCCAGUUGAUUCCACAUGCUGUGUCAAUAGCUCUGGGGUUUUUUGAUCAGUAGACUUCCAGGAAAGAUGUUAAAUGGUUUUCCUUAAAGAUUGCUGAGUCUUCUAGGAAAGGGGCCCUCCACUUUACUCUGAGCUGAUGUCAUUGUCUCUUACCCAAUGUGGCUCGUUGCAGUCCCUGAUGAGAAACCUCUGAAGGAAUUCCCCAGUGCCCUGUCAGGCUCUCGGGCAGUGGAGCAGGACACCAGGACACACAGCUGGAUCGAGAGCCGGUGCUGCUCAUGCUCGUGCAGAUGUUUUACCAGGCAAGCCUUUGGGGUAAAUUCCUGCCUCAGGUGCAGAAGGGAGCUCAACUGAGCUGCACAGCCUCCUCCCCUGGGCACCUGGUGAGUGUGCCAAGAGCUGCUCCAGGAGGGUUUUAUCUAUGCCAAAAACCAGAGCGAGACAAUCUUGUAGCCACAGUGGCCACAGUGCUGUGUGCCCAGCACGGCCAGAGGGGGUGAGGGCGAGGGGCAGGGUCCAGGGCUGGCUCCCAGCUGCUGCCUGCUGCUGCCUGGGCCUUUGUAAAACAAGGGGAACAUUUCCUGUGCUGAGGAUUUAAAACAAGUGGAAGAUUUCCUGUGCUCAGCAUUUUCCCCUUGAACUGAGGGGCACUGUGAGCACACCUGAGUGACCCAGGUGUGGGACAGACCUGAGUGACCCAGCUGUGACACACCUGAGUGACCCAGCUGUGACCCAGCUGUGACACACCUGAGUGACCCAGCUGUGACCCAGCUGUGACACAGUGACCCAGC